UGUGGAUAGAUUGUAAGGAGGGUAAUGGCGUUUUAUAUAUUUUGAAUGUAAAAAUACAACAUUUAACUUUUUAGUGAGGAUGAUAGUUUAUUAGAAGUCGUAGUGGUCGUCAUACCUUUCACAAUAACAUUUUGACAGAAAAAUGGCAAGCGUGAUUGAAAUCCCCUUGCGGGAUACAGAUGAGGUCAUUGAGUUAUAUUCGGAUCAACUACCCGACGGAGAUGAAGUCCUGGGUAUUUUACGACAAGAGAAGACCCAAUUGUCAGUUUGGGUCAAUCUUGCUUUGGAGUAUUAUAAACAAGGAAAAAUUGAUGAUUUUAUUAAAAUACUCGAAUGCUCAAAAAAUGAUGGAAAUAUUGAGUACAGAGAUUUUGAAAAAGAUCAAAUGCGAGCUCUUGAUAUGCUUGCAGCAUAUUAUGUACAGAAGGCUAAUAAAGAAAAAAACAAAGAUAGAAGGAAAGAACUUUUUACAAAGGCUACGCUUUUGUAUACAACAGCAGAUAAAAUUAUUAUGUAUGACCAAAAUCACUUGUUGGGAAGGGCUUACUUCUGUCUACUGGAAGGAGAUAAAAUGGAGCAGGCUGAUGCCCAAUUUAAUUUUGUCCUCAAUCAGUCACAAAAUAACAUUCCAUCUUUAUUGGGUAAAGCCUGUAUAGCUUACAACAGAAAGGACUACAGGGCUGCUUUGGCAUUUUAUAAAAAAGCCCUCCGUACAAAUCCAAAUUGUCCAGCUGCCGUGAGAUUAGGUAUGGGACACUGUUUCAUAAAAUUAAACAAUUUGGAGAAGGCUAGGCUGGCUUUUGAAAGAGCUCUGGAACUUGAUCCAAAAUGUGUUGGGGCUUUGGUAGGAUUGGCGAUAUUAAAAUUAAAUCUACAACAACCAGAAUCCAUUAAAACUGGUGUACAGAUGUUAUCAAAAGCUUAUGGUAUAGAUCCAUCUGAUCCCAUGGUUCUUAAUCAUCUGGCUAAUCAUUUCUUUUUUAAAAAAGAUUACAGCAAAGUACAGCACUUGGCACUUCAUGCUUUUCACAAUACAGAAAAUGAAGCAAUGAGAGCAGAAAGUUGUUACCAGUUGGCCAGAUCUUUCCAAGUCCAAGGAGAUUACGAUCAGGCUUUCCAGUAUUACUACCAAGCAACUCAGUUUUCUCCUGCUUCCUUUGUUCUUCCGCAUUUUGGACUGGGUCAGAUGUAUAUUUACAGAGGUGAUACUGAGAAUGCAGCACAAUGUUUUGAAAAAGUAUUAAAAGCCCAACCAGGAAACUAUGAAACAAUGAAAAUUUUAGGUUCAUUGUAUGCAAGCUCCUCGUCCCAAUCAAAAAGGGAUAUUGCAAAAGUUCACCUUAAAAAGGUUACAGAUCAGUUCCCCGAUGAUAUUGAAGCUUGGAUUGAACUUGCACAAAUUUUAGAACAGAGCGAUCUGCAGGCUUCUUUGGGUGCCUACGAGACAGCCAUGCAGUUGUUGAAAAAGAAUGUACAGUCUGAGGUUCCUGUUGAAAUUUUGAAUAAUGUUGGAGCUUUACAAUACAGGCUUAACAAUAUGGACGAGGCUAAAAAGAACAUAGAAGAAGCGAUAAAUAGAGCUAAAACAGAAGCCGCUCACGAUCCACAAUACUACAAUUCUGUUUCAGUCACCAUGACCUAUAAUCUAGCAAGACUUAACGAAGCGAUGUGUCUCUUUGACAAAGCGGAAAAAUUGUACAAGGAUAUCUUAAAGGAACAUCCCAUUUAUGUGGACUGUUAUUUACGACUAGGUUGUAUGGCAAGAGACAAGGGUCACGUUUAUGAUGCUUCUGAUUGGUUUAAAGAAGCUUUUAGAAUAGAUACUGAACACCCUGAUGCAUGGUCCUUACUUGGCAAUCUUCAUUUAGCUAAACAGGAAUGGGGCCCCGGCCAGAAGAAAUAUGAGAGAAUCUUAAAGAAUCCAUCAACGUCACAGGAUGCUUACUCACUGAUAGCAUUAGGCAACGUAUGGUUACAAACCGUUCACCAACCCACCAAAGAUAAAGAGAGGAUAAAAAGGCAUCAAGAAAGAGCGUUAACUCUCUACAAGCAAGUACUUAAAAUAGACCCUAAAAAUAUUUUCGCUGCUAACGGUGUUGGGGCUGUUCUGGCUCAUAAAAACGCAGUUAACGAGGCAAGAGAUAUUUUCGCUCAAGUUAGAGAAGCUACAGCGGAUUUUUCGGAUGUUUGGUUGAACAUUGCUCAUAUUUAUGUUGAGCAGAAGCAGUUUGUUAGCGCUAUUCAAAUGUAUGAAAAUUGCUUGAGAAAAUUCUACAAAUACAAUAACGUAGAAGUGCUGCAGUAUCUCGCUAGGGCUUACUUCAAAGCGGGAAAAUUCAAAGAGGCCAAAAUGGUAUUGUUAAAAGCACGACGAGUAGCUCCACAAGACACGAUACUUUUAUACAAUAUAGCACUUGUAUUGCAGAGAUUAGCGACCGUAAUUUUAAAAGACGAGAAGUCCACUUUAUCCACCGUAUUACAGGCUGUGCACGAGCUGGGUUUAUCUCUUAAGUAUUUUAAUUAUCUCGUAGAAUUAGCUGACAAGCAACGGUACGACGUUGCAGUUGCAGAGUUAGAAGCAAGACAGUGUAAAGAUUUGUUAUCUCAAGCGCAAUAUCACGUGGCAAGAGCUAGACGCGUUGACGAGGAAGAGCGAUUGAUCAGACGAAAACAAGAAGAGGAGCGAGUAGCAUUCAAAAUGCGGCAAAUCGAAGAACAAAAGAAAUUCGCUGAAUUCCAGAGGCUCAACAAGGAACAGCUGGUGCAAAAACGACAAGAAUACAAAGAAAAAACAAAGAACGCUAUUAUAUUUCAAGACAUGCCCUCCGAAAAGAAGGCAGCCAAAGGUAAAGGAAGAAGUAAAGGCGAUAUUAUGUCCGAUUCUGAAAGCGGUGGAGAAGGCGAAGGCCCAUCUAGCGAGAAGAGAGAGAAGAAAGAUAAAAAAGAGAGAGGGCGCAAACGACAGAAAAACGACGGCGAAAAGAAAUCCAAAGGAAAACGAGGCAGAAAGCGUAAGGAAGACAAUGACGACGAUUCCGAUGGAAGCGACAAGCCCAGAAAGAAACACGCAAAGAAGAAAGAACCUAAGCCUAAGAAAGACGAAGGUCUUAGUUCCAAACAAAAGAGCAGAAUUGUUUCAAAAGCUACUAUAUCAUCUAGCGAUGAUGACAGUGACGGUGGCAAACUUCGAAUGGCGAGUGGAGAUGAAAGUGACCAAGGGUAUAGUGGUAAACGCAAAAGAAAAAUAUCUUCCGGCUCCGACUCGGAUCAAUCUCGUGGUCGAUCUAAAUCCAGGAGUAGAUCAAGAAGCGGAUCCCGAUCGAAAUCUCGUUCCAAGUCAAAGAGCAGAUCGAGAUCUAGAUCAAAAAGCGGAUCACGAUCCAGAUCUAGAUCUAAAAGUGGUUCCAGGUCUAAAUCAAGAUCUCGAUCUCGUUCAAAGAGUGGUUCAAGAUCAAGGAGUGGGUCAAGAGCAAGAUCAAGGUCAAAAAGUGGUUCCAGGGAAAGGUCUAGGUCAAAAAGUGGUUCUAGAUCUAAAAGUCGGUCUAGGUCACGAUCAAAAUCACGAAGUAGAUCUAGAAGUGCUUCGAAGUCACCUUGAAGUAAUUGUAUUUCAUAAUUUUAAAAUUAUGUCUUUAUUGUAGACUAUCAUUGAAAUAUAUGAAUUAAUGUUAA